ACUCUGUCACAUCACAGCUCACACACUCUCUCUCUUACUCUGUCCGUAGAAUCCAAGACGAAGAAAAUCAUUGAUACUCUCUGUUUUCACACUCAUUACUCUUUAACCCCAAUUCGGACACCUAAGCCCAUUUCAAUCUUCUCUGUUUAACAGAUAAUUCCGUUGGAAAAUCUCACCAAAAAAAAAAUGAAGGGGGUGAAAGGAAAAUUCCUGAAGAAGCUCAAAUCCAUCAAACCAAUCCUGAAGCAAGAGCGAAUUCUCCAGCUUAAGGCCUCAGAUGGGUACGUCGAUUUUCUCCCAAAGAUUCCGAGUUUCAAUCUGCAUUCCCCGUUUGUUUCCCGAGAAAACAAGCCCGAGAAAGUUGUUCAGAGGUGCGAGAAAAUGCAGGAUGAACCCGAGGUCAUCGACUUGGCAGAGCUGAUGAAAGACCUUGAAGAAGAAGAAGAUGAUGAAAUGGAUUUGGAUGAUUACAAUGACAACAAAGAGAACAUAGGUCCAUGUUCUCAGAAACCCCAACAACACCACAAGGGUGUUUUGCAGAAUGGGAACAGAGCAAAAACAGAGCCAAAACAGAGAGGGGUUUUGGAGGAAAAAUGGUCUUCACCUGCAAAAGCUGCAAGUAACAGCAACAGAAAAACCCCUUCGUUAGAGACUGAUAUUCCAUCGUUCCGGCGGCCGGACUUGAACUCCGGCAGCCUAUUCGAUCCGAAUCUACUGGCGGCGUUCGAGCAUGCCGUGAAGGAACAUGCUAGAAUGACAGAAGAACAGAGGAGAGCCAGAGUCGAAGAAGAGUCUUCACAGAAAGUGGAAGAUGAUGACCCUGACCCUGACCCUGACCCUGAUCCUUUGAUGUUCUUUGAAGAGAAGUGUCCACCCGGGGGCGAUGGCACAGUUAUUUUCUACACCACGACGCUUAGGGGAAUCCGGAAGACAUUCGAGGACUGCAACAAAAUUCGCUUCCUCCUGCAGAGUUUCAAGGUUUUGUAUUUUGAGAGGGACAUUUCAAUGCACAAGGAAUUCAAGGAUGAGUUGUGGAGCAGUUUGGAGGGGAAAUCACUGCCUCCAAGGCUUUUUGUUAAGGGGAGGUACAUUGGUGGAGCAGAAGAAGUUUUGAGUUUGCAUGAACAGGGAAAGCUGAGGAAAAUCUUAGUAGGGGUUCCAAUGGAUUAUUCUAAUGGUCCUUGUGAUGCAUGUGGAGGGAUAAGGUUUGUGUUGUGCUUCAAGUGUAAUGGAAGCCACAAGGUCGUGGAGGAAAAUGGAGAGAGCAAUCAGUGCCUUCAGUGUAAUGAGAAUGGCUUGAUUGUGUGCCCUUACUGCUGCUAGCUGAUGAAGAAUAUCAGUUAAAACUUCUGUGUUCUACCUACAGUGAUAGAGUUGUUAAUGUUUUAUACUUAGUGUGUUCUAUCCAUUGUGAUAGAGUUUGUACGUAAUUGAAUUUGUGGGACUGGAUAUUUUUUCUUUCUUUUUUUGGGUAGUGAUCAUUCUUUCAAUUUUUUCUACUGGUGAUAGGCACUUGCAUCGUCUGUUUGUGCUAGUUCUUGGACCAAUCUAAAGUCCUUAGAAUUUCAGAUUCAGUGUGCCUUCUCAAUGUAUCUAGUUUUAUACCUUAAUAAAAGGAUUCUAUUUGUUGAAAGGUA